AUGAAUGCUUCCGAUUAUGUUCCGAACGAGGUUACUCACGAUAAACUGGAAAUACAAGAGACCUUAGAUCAAGAAAUACAACAGCAAAGUACGUCAACAAGUGAAGUCGCAAUAGAGAAUAACGACAACGGAUCUACAAGCGAGUUUGUUAACGAAGGGCUAGAUAUCUGGAACAAGCGAAGAGAAUUAUGGACUCGCGGGAAUCAGAACCUUUCAGAAACUUCUGAUAAUAGAAAUAAUCCAGCUUUGAUGAAUAUUACUCCAAAUAAUUAUAAUUCCAUAUACGAUUCUCUAGUUCAUGAAAAGAAAAAGUUAGUAAAACCUAUUCCUCUAUCUUAUGUGAUUAAAGUAAUGGUCAGUGGGUGGAAAAGGGAUGGUAUUUGUCCUACUGAUCCGCCACCGGCUUCUUCCUCCAAUACAAAUGGACAAAGUAGUCAAAAAUCAUGA